AUGGUUAGAGCCUUGAGACUACUGGCGUCUUGCGCCAUGUUCUCCCAAGCGCUUGCACACUCCCACAUCUUGUACCUGAUCAUCAACGGACAGCAGUAUCGAGGCUUCAACCCUCAUGCUCCUGAUGCCAUCACCAACAGCAUCGGAUGGUCGACAAGCGCUGUUGAUGAUGGCUUCGUAACGCCGUCAAAUUACUCGAACCCCGACAUUAUCUGCCACCGCGACGGCAAGCCGGCAAAAGCCCACGCACCCGUCAAAGCCGGUGACAAGAUCCAGAUACAAUGGAACGGCUGGCCCCAAUCCCACAAGGGCCCUGUCUUGUCAUACCUAGCCCCCUGCGCCAACACCACAGACGGAUGUGCUUCGGUUGACAAGCGCAAGCUGUCAUGGACCAAGAUCGAUGACUCGUCACCAGUUCUGCUCGACGAAAAAGGUGGCCCUCCAGGCAGAUGGGCAACCGAUGUCCUAAUCGCCCAGAACAAUACUUGGCUAUUGGGUUUGCCGAACGAUCUCGAGCCGGGACCGUAUGUGCUGCGUCACGAGUUGAUCGCACUGCACUACGCCAAUCUGAAGAACGGAGCGCAGAACUACCCGCAAUGUGUGAACUUGUGGGUGGAGGGGCCUGGACCAAAGGCCAUAACGGUCGGCAAGGAGGAAGUGGUGGUGGCAGGGCAGAAAGAAGGGGUGCCGGCUACGGCGCUGUAUAAGGCCACGGACCCGGGAGUGGCCAUCGAUAUCUACACGGCGGUGCUUUCGACGUAUGUUAUCCCGGGGCCAACGCUGGCGCCUGAGGCGAAGCCGGUGCCGGUGACGGAGCAGGGACUGAAGAGCACCAUCACAGCAGUAGGGACGCCGGUGAUCGUGACGCGGGCAACGUCAACUGUCCCAAUGCCCAAUGGUGAGACGGCGGCGGCGUUCAAAGGUUGA